CAUUAUGGUUGUCAAAUGAAUAAUUUAUUGCAUUGUCGAUCCGGGGCGUACAUCCCCCAGGGGGAGGUGUGGCGGGGGAAUUCGGCGCGGGGAACGGAGGCACGUCAGUCCGCGCUGGGCGGCCGAGCGAGCGCCAUGUCUACGUGUGCGCCGCGCGCGUGCUGCCGGCCGCGCGCCCCGCCGACCCUACUCGACAUCACCGCGAAGAUAGUCGCCGCCGCGAUUCCGUUCCAACGUAUCGAGGAGCGCUAUGAACGCAUCCCUGAGCCGGUGCAACGGCGCGUCGUCUACUGGUCGUUCCCCAGAGACGAGCGCGACAUAUGCAUGUACUCGUCGCUGGCGCGAGCGCCGCCCGACGACCACAGGAACAUCGCCUUCUGCCGCGGCCUCAAGCUGCUCGAAGCCGGCUGUGUUGAGAACGUCCUCCAAGUCGGUUUCCAUUUAAGUGGGGUGGUGAGGGCGCCGGCUGCCGUGCCUCCCUGCUCAGAACCUGAAAGGCUAUACAGGGUCACAGUUUCAUUCGACAGAUGCAAAAUCACCGGCGUGACUUGCAGCUGCGAGGCGCGCGACAUCUUCUGGUGCCAGCACGUAGUCGCCUUAGCGCUGUAUCGCAUCAGGAAUGCGGAUUCUGUAAGACUACGCGUCCCUAUAUCAGAAACCCUCCUCCAAAUGGACAGGCAGCAACUCCAGAAGUUUGUACAGUAUUUAAUAGCGGAACACCAUACAGAGGUGCUGCCGACCGCUCAGCGGUUAGCUGACGAGGUGCUGCAGGCGAGGUCGGCUAUUAACAGGAUAUGUGGGGCCCCGGAUCCCACGGCCGGGCCGCCGCCUGACGCGCAUCAUGCGUGGCACUUGGAUGAGCAACAGGUUUGCGAACAAGUGCGAGCGUAUUUAUUACAGGGAACGUAUUACAAUGCAAAUAAACAAUUAAAUUCACUAUUUUCUAAGGUUCGAGAGAUGCUAAGAGCACAAGACUCCAACGGUCCAAGGAUGCUCAUGUUAAUGACUGAACAGUUCCUAUCAGACCCUCGGCUGCUCUUGUGGAGGAACCAGAACACCCCCAUGACCGAGAAGUGCAGGCAAUUGUGGGAACAACUGGGUGCCUUGUGGGUCAGCAUUGUGCUGGACCCUGGGAGUAACAAGUGCCACAGGAUGCAGUGGAGGCAUUUGUUGGAGAAAUGGUCGGCAGUGGAGGUGUGCCCCACUGAAGACCCGGAUUAUAGGUCAUUUCCACUCUAUGCGAGGGAAAGGGAAAGAAACGAAAGAGACCGCGACAGAGACCACCGUGACAGGGACAGAGAGCGGCAUCGCGAUAGGGAAGAGAGGGACAGAGAGAGGCUACGGGAAAGAGAGGAAAGGGACAGAGAGAGGCACAGAGAACGGCAGAGAAGAGAAAUGCAUUCCCAUUCGGAGAGUUCGGAUGAGGAAUCUAGACCUAAUAAUUAUGAACGCGAAUACAGAAGAGCAAGCAAACGGUUAAGGCUUCACAACCAGAGGUCUGCGCCACCGCUCACGCCGAGAACUGUUUUUCACAAAGCAUUAGACGCUGUGGACAUAUCUUGGGAGAAUGAACACCUGAAGAACAUCUUGGGGUCUGAUGAGUAUUGUGAUCCGGAUAAAUUGGAUAAGGCUGGUGCAUCCACUGGUUCAAUUACAUUACACGCCUACCCGAAGUUCAAUGACAUCGGGCAGCCGUUGUGGCAUGAACAUUUACCAGUAGUGGGGGCUAGGAUAGAAGCGUUGCGUGCGCACGGACGCGCGCCCGCCGCGUUGCGGCUCGCGGUCGCAGCGGCAAGGGCCAUGCGCCAUCGACAGGAAGUAGCGCAGCAAAAGUGGCAAGAAGCGGGCGGCGGUGAAGCGUCAAGUAGCAACUCGAGCAACUCGUCGAUAAAUUCAUCGACCAACUCGUCGACCAACUCGUCGUCCUGCGCGAGCGAGUCGUGCGGCGGGCAGUGCGACCGCGUCAAACUGUCGCUGGUGUGCGCACACAUGGACGCGGGCUCGUGUCUACAGAGUACGAGCACGUGUGCGUUGAGUCAUACGCACCGGUGUAUUGGGAAAGACAGUAGAUGCUGGACGGGUUGGACGUUGGAAGCGAUCUGGUGCGUGUAUGAGUGCCUCGCGGACGCGUGUCUCGCCCCCGACGACCAGAGAGCAUCACCCAGACUCCAUACCUACAUAGAUGAAGAACCCAAUACUGGUCUACCGCCUAGAUACCAACAUGUACCUGUAGCUGGCAGUAAAAACCCAGAAGAAACAUACUUAGCUUUAGCGCUGGAGGCAGCUUUACUCGGCCUGGGCAUGCAGCGGAUGUUACCGAGCGGGCUGUAUGCGCAGGAGAGGUAUUGCAAGCAGGAGGAGCGACUAAUCAGCCAACUCCAGAGGGUAGAAGGCGAAGCAGCAGCUGGGGUGUGCGGGCGAGUGGCCCGCGCCCUGCUCGCGGGGGGUCCGUCCUCGUGCCUCGGUACCAAAGUGCACCCGAGGUCUGCGCCGGCGCACACCUUCGCGAGGUUCCUGUUCCUGGCUCUGUUGCCUAGCGACCCGGAUCUCGCGUACCGAGUUGGAUUGAGAGCCAUGAGACUGCCCAUGGUGGAGGAAGCGUACGCGCUGGACGGCGGCGGCGCGGGCGCGGGCGGCGCGGGCGCGUGGCACACGCUGCAGCACGCCGAGCAGCAGCAGGCGGCGCUCGCUAGCGCUCUGUUGGGCGCCGCCCGCGGCACGCCGAGCCGGCUGCGCGCGGCACUGGCGGCGGCGCAGCGGCACGUGCGCUCCGCGGCGCAGCUGUUCCGGCUGGCGCAGGACGCGCUGCGGCACGCGGCGCCGCCCGACGCGCCGCACCACCACCGCGACCUGCUGGCGGCCGCCUUCGAGCUGGGCCUGCAGGUCUUACGGAUGACGCUAUCAGCCGUGAACUGGCGGAGGCGGGAAAUGGUCCGAUGGCUUGUGACGUGCGCCACGGAACUUGGUUUGGACGCACUGCUCUCCAUCAUGCAGAAUUGGUAUGAGCUAUUCACACCAACUGAAGCGACAGGACCAGUUGCGGCUGCUGCGAUGUCACACGCGACUGCGUUACGACUGGGGCUUAGUUUCGAGCAACAAGAAAAACUUAGCGCCUGUGCGAGAACGCUUGCUUUGCAGUGUGCGGCUAAGGACCCGCCGGGCUGCGCGCUCAGCGCCCUGUCGGUGUGCGAGGGCUCGGCGGGCGCGUUCGAGGCGGCGUGCGCGGCCGUGGGCGGGGCCGCCGCGCGCGGCGCGCUCGCCUCCAGCCAGCUGUUCGCGGUCGCGCGCUACAUGGAGCAGCGCGGCCAGCCCGCGCGCGCCAUGCGCCUGGCCACGCUGGCCAUGCGCAACCUGCACCUGCACUACAACCAGGACAGCCACCCGGCGAUAGCGGACAUCCACUGGGCGGUUGCGCUCGCGCACUCGCUGGGCCGCGCGGAGCUGCAGGCGAUGUUGCCGCUACUCGUAAAGAACGUGCAGUGCGCGCCCGUGCUUUCGGACGUCCUGCGGCGGUGCUGCGUGGCGGCCGCGGGGUGCUCGCGCGCGCGUCCGCCGCCGCCGCGGCCGCCGACGCCACUGCGCCCGCUGCUGGAGGCGGCGCUGCGGGCGUACGCGUCCACCACGCAUGCGCGGCUGGCGCACAUCUCGCCGCGACACUACGCAGACUUCGUCGAUUUUCUUGGUAAAGCCCGUGACACAUUCGCGCUGGCACACGACGGUCCACACCAAUUCGCGGCUCUGUUACAAGAAAUAAAACUCAAAUACAAAGGCAAGAAGAAACUAAUGUUCCUCGUUAAAGAAAGAUUCGGUUGAAAUAAGGCCAUAGCAUCGUUAUUUUUGUAAGCAUUGUGGUAUAUGUGCAAUAGCGUGUAUAUACAAAGACGCUUGAAGGCGUAAGUAAUUUCGUAAAAUGGUAUGGACUUUGGCGGUACAAAAAUUGAGUACGUAAUUAUUUCAAAAUUAUCCAACAAAAUCCAUAAUUGUGUGUUGGAAUAAACCGCAAAUACUGUAUAUAAAAGCUUUCAAUGUUAGUACAAUUUAGCACAAUGACAUAUGUCAAUAUUAUUAUGGUACAGUGUUGCCAUUGUAAUAAGCUCGAAUCUGCAUAUAAAUGUGCCGUCAAUGAUUCUGCCUAUAUCAUUACCUCAUGCUAGUUGGCGAGACGCACUCGAUUUGUACCAAACCAGUCUAUUUCGAAGUAUUAUUUUAUUUAACGUCUAGAUUAUAUACCUCGUAGAUAUCACUUAAGUAGAUAACGUUGUAAUGAUCUCAAUGAUUCCAUUUUGUAAAUAGAUUAAGAGUUUGUAAAUAUAAUUAUGAUUAGAAUUAGCUCGUUGGAAAUGUUAGAUAUAUUUUAAAUAAGGAAUUAGCACACGAGCGCUAGGUUAGAAAUGGCGCGAAACGUUUGGAAUCUUAAACUGUUUUGUUUAUACGGAGCUUGUAACAAAUGCGCCGAAAUAUAGCGUCCAAUAACACAGUGGGAAAAUGACACAGCACCAAAGAGAUAUAUAUAAGUUACUUUCAAAAUAUUGAUAUAAGCGAUGCCACUAUUCUUUCAGUAUUUUUGAGUAUUUGUAUAUGUAGGCGACAUUAAACGCUAAAAAUCCUCUUUAUUGCUUGAACUUCAUUUUAUAUAGAAUGUUGUUGUUUUUAUUUUUUUUAUCCGAUUUUAGUUUUCAUUAUCGUGUCCUGUUUGAUGUUUUUUUUUAUUCACUAUCCGUAUUGAGGUUAUAGUUAUAAAUUUGUAACAUGAAGUGCAUUUAUAUAAAUAGAAACAUUAAUAUUUAAAGCUAGGCGUGACGUUCGGAUAGCGUACAGACAUUAGUAAAAUGAUUAUGAAUAGUAUAUAAGAAUGAGGGACUUUUGUACUUUUUGUGGUGUGUAAGGGUUGUGCAAAACAAUAGAUUUUAUUUUCUCAACUUAUCAAUAUCAAAUUACGUUACGUUUGUUUUUCGCCAACCCUGUUCUGUGUCAAAAUUAUUUAAAACAUUAUAGGUAAAUAAUCAUGCAAGAUUGUUAUUUGUUUAUAAAACAAUUUUAUUUUAUUACGGCCAGAAGUAUAGUUAAUUUCAAUAAUAGAAUAAUGGCAUUUGGAAAUGUUGAGAUUGUAGAGUUCCAUAAAACUUAUAUUAUUGAUAACUAGAUCAGACUGAUUUUGAAGGAUUUGCAAGAAUAUUAGGUAUAUUAUCUGAAUUUCUUAAUCAGCGUACGAUUGCUAGCUGUAAAAUUCUUUUGAUUAAUAAUAAACAAAAAAGCAAUAAUUUUUAGCCUUCGCCGGUCUGUGUUUGAAUUUUUUUACAAAACGUUAAAAAUUCAAAUAAAUUAUUUUUAGUAGCCAACCUGUACUUAUGUGAGGGUAAUAAUAUUUUAUUAUAUUGAAUUGUCAGUAUAGCUUGUGACUUGCCAGUAAAGAAAAAAAAGCAAACAAAACCUUAAGUGCCUUCAGGCGAGUCCACUCUUAUCAUAAACGCAGACCGGUUUUGCCAUUUUUUAUAUAAGUUCUGUUCUUUUUUAAUUUUGUACACACACGAUGUUUACACAUUAAAAUUGUGUUUACGUGAAACGUAGACACUACACCGUUCAAUGUUGUUUUGAAAAAGGUGAUAAUAAUUUCAAUAUAUGAUUAAUUUAAAAUAA